CCUCCCGCUGUCCAGUUCGGAGACAUGACACUGAAUGAAGACUAGGCGACUUUCCGCGGACAGCAUGGGGCUUUUAUCCGACUUGUAAACACGACUGGAAUAAACCCAACGCAGCACCAUUUUGGAACAUCUUCACAUCUUCAACGUCGACUGUUUGGUUUGUUGUUGCUUCUUGGGGCUUAAAAAAAGAACGAAGGAAAAAAAGGUGGAAUCUGGCACUUUAGGCACUUAAAAGCUAGCAGGAGUUUGUUGUCGGAUUGACAAUGUGUGUGUGAGCAGCGCCUGAGCUCGGUGGACUCCCUGAUGCGGUGUGAGUCCGAGCGGCUCCGUGGUUCCGCACAGCCGCCCUCGGCGCGCCCAAAGCCGGCCUCGGUGUGAGCGGGGACUCGGUGCUGCGCCGCCACCUCCACCACCAACAGCCACAACCUUCUCUUCCUCCUCCUCAUCCUCCUCCACCUAGUCCUCAUGGCGCAGCGGGUGCGUAAAUCAAAAAUACCGGGGUGAAAAAAAGUGAUUUUUUUAUCUUCUUGGGUUCGGUGGACGUCAACUAUCAAGUGUGCAACGAUUCAGAAUUAGUAAAUAACCUACUCAUGAUCACAUAUGACUCUCAUGGCUAUCACUCUUAAAAAUAAAGAUGAUAGAAAAGAAGAUCAACUUUAGAUUCUUUUAAGCCUUUGUUUGUUUGUUUGUUUGUUUGUUUGUUUUGCUUCUGUUUUUAUUUGGUGCCACACUGAAGUAAAUACCUGAAACUUGCAAAUAGGUUCAUCAUGUGGACAUUUAAGUACGAGGAUCUGGUGCAUUACGGAGGGGACGGGCUCGGGAUCCCGGCCCCGGCGAUGUAUGGCGAGCCUCACGCAGCGGCUCGCGCCAUGCACGCGGUUCACGGGGGUCCCGGUCCCGCUGCCGCGCUGCACGCGCACCACUAUCCACUGGCGGCGUCUGCCGGCGUGGGCUCGGCUGUUAACGACGCGCUAAAGCGUGACAAAGACGCCGUUUAUGGACACCCGCUGUUUCCUCUGCUUGCACUGGUUUUUGAGAAAUGUGAAUUAGCCACAUGUACACCGAGGGAGAGCGGCCUGGCGGCUGAUGUCUGCUCAUCCGCAUCCUUCGACGAGGACAUUACCGUGUUUUCAAAACAGAUAAGAACAGAAAAACCAUUCUUCACGCCCAAUCCAGACUUGGAUAACCUGAUGGUACAAGCUAUACAAGUGCUGCGUUUUCAUCUUUUAGAAUUAGAGAAGGUCCACGAGCUUUGUGAUAAUUUCUGUCACCGGUAUAUCAGCUGUCUGAAAGGGAAGAUGCCGAUGGAUCUGGUGGUGGAUGACAGAGAAGGAUCUUCUAAAUCCGACAGCGAGGAUUUCAGUCGAAACUCCGGCGGCCCCGCGGAUCAAAUGUGCUGGAGGGAAGAUGACUCCGUCUCCGUUCACUCCACCGAAGGCCCGGCACCCUGUGGUGGACGUUCCAGUUCUCUCAACGGAGACAACAGUAGUGAACAUGGUGACCUUUUGGACCACGGUGCUGCUUCUCCGAGCACAGGGGACGAUGACGAGACGGACAAGGACAGGCGGAACAACAAAAAACGAGGGAUUUUCCCUAAAGUGGCAACCAACAUCAUGCGAGCAUGGCUGUUCCAACACCUAACACACCCGUACCCAUCUGAAGAGCAGAAGAAGCAGCUAGCGCAGGAUACGGGACUCACCAUCCUCCAGGUCAACAACUGGUUCAUCAACGCCCGGAGGAGGAUAGUGCAGCCGAUGAUCGAUCAGUCGAACCGUGCAGUGGGUCAUGGUGGGCCCUACACUCCUGACAGUCAGCCCAUGGGAGGCUACAUGUUGGACGGACAGGCUCACAUGGCUGCCAGAGCCCCAGGUUCAUUGGGGAUGGGGAUGGACAGUCAGUGGCACUACAUGUAACCAAUGUCUAAUGCAUCUUAACACCUACCGAGGUGUCAGCACCAAAGAUGGCGAAUCGUCAACGCUACAAAUCCCAGAAGCCUGAUAAAUUACCUCUCCGUGGCUUAAGGAAUGCAAGUGCCUCGCUGCCACCAUAGAGACUGCUGCAGCAGGCCGUUACAGCCGUCUCGUUCAAAAUGGCCGCCCCAGCUGGAGUCUGCUGUGGACGGGACAUCAAUCAUAAUGGGUCAAAAAAAUAAAUAAAAAAAUAAAACCAUAAAAACGCUCCUCUACUACUCCGAGCCUUACCUGCUGUAGGCCUGGAGACUAAGACUGAACUGCCUUAAAGGAUAAAGUCUGUGGAAUGUUAAACCUCAAAACUAUUUUUUAUCCAGGUGUUUAAAUGGUUUUAUUGUGUUGCUUUGUCAAAUUCUAGGUUUUAGUUUUUAAGGCCCAAAAAUGACCUCCUGUAAUUGGCUAAGAGGAAGUAGUUUAAUAUCGUUAGCAUAAAACUUAUAAGUUAUAAGUAUCAAAUUUUGUGAAUUAUUAAUGUAUUCUGCAAAUAUUUUACUCUGAAUGGUUAUUUAUACAGUAUAGAAGGUCGAGAGCAGAGAUUCAAUAGCAGCCUUGUAUCAGAAGUUACAAUAGGAUAUCCUUAGUUACAGCAUCAGCUUCCUUAGUUACAGCAUCAACUUCCUUAGUCACACCAUCAACUUCCUUAGUUACAGCAACAACUUCCUUAGUUACAGCAACAACUUCCUUAGUCACACCAUCAAUUUCCUUAGUUACAGCAUCAGCUUCCUUAGUUACAGCAACAACUUCCUUAGUUACAGCAUCAACUUUCUUAGUCACACCAUCAACUUCCUUAGUUACAGCAUCAACUUCCUUAGUUACAGCAUCAGCUUCCUUAGUUACAGCAACAACUUCCUUAGUCACAGCAUCAACUCUCUUAGUCACACCAUCAACUUCCUCAGUAACAGCAACAACUUCCUUAGUCAUAGCAUCAACUUCUCUUAGUCACAGCAUCAACUUCUCUUAGUUACAGCAUCAACUUCCUUAGUUACAGCAUCAGCUUCCUUAGUUACAGCAUCAGCUUCCUUAGUUACAGCAUCAGCUUCCUUAGUCACACCAUCAACUUCCUAGUUACAGCAUCAGUUUCCUUAGUUACAGCAUCAACUUCCUUAGUCACACCAUCAACUACCUUAGUCACACCAUCAACUUCCUUAGUUACAGCAUCAACUUCCUUAGUUACAGCAUCAACUUCCUUAGUUACAGCAUCAACUUCCUUAGUCACAGCAUCAACUCUCUUAGUCACACCAUCAACUUCCUCAGUAACAGCAACUUCCUUAGUCACACCAUCAACUACCUUAGUCACACCAUCAACUUCCUUAGUUACAGCAUCAACUUCCUUAGUUACAGCAUCAGCUUCCUUAGUUACAGCAACAACUUCCUUAGUCACAACAUCAACUUCCUUAGUUAUAGCAUCAGCUUCCUUAGUCACAGCAUCAACUUCCUCGAUUACAUCAACAACUUCCUCAGUCACACAAUCAGCUUCCUUAAUUUCAAGAUUAACUUCAUUGUAACUUGACCAACUUCCAUAGUUACCUAAAAGGCAGCUGAUGCUCAUGAGAUAAACAUGCUGAUUUCUAAAGGCUCUUUCUCCCGUGUUGUUGAUCUGUUAGCUGCACGUGUUGAGAAUAGCGUGUUCACGUGUCUCUGUAUAAACCGUAACUUUUGCUCCAGCUUACAUUUAGUAAUUCGUUGUUUCCCAAACUGGUGCUUGGGCCCCUCGGAUGGCUUUGUGCGGUGGGAACUGCGAGAGAAGUUAAAAUGGCUAAUGUACAGAAACGCGCCACUAUCAACAGAUAACACGACAUCUUGUGUGAAACUCACAGACGUAAUAACACAAUCGGCCCCAAAAAAAAAAAAAAACCAGUAUGUGGCCUGAUUUUAGCGACAUGUCCCACUGAAACGUAUCGGAGGUCACGUUCCUGCUUUCUCAAAUCCACUCCGAAAACCACGCUGAAUAAAAUAUGCAUUUUGAGGUUUAACGGUGACCUUUAAGAAGUUUAACAACAUCCUUCUCACCAGCAGCAGGACGACCUGCACACAUUUUAAGGAUCUACGCGGAAGUAAACACCAAAAAAAAAAAAAACACGGCAAGGCCUGGAGAAGGACGCCGCGACAGAAAUAAAAAAAGAAUACAAAGUAAACUAAAAUAAAAUGCUUGUAUUGAUGAUAAGGUUUGAUUUUAGAUGACAUAGGCACUAAGCUUGCAAAAUUUUAAGGUUGAUUGUAUCAUUUUGUAGUGCUGCACACACCAAAUGCAACGAUGUUUACCUUUACAAUUACGCCGCAGAUGCACAGAUGUUUUGAAAAAAAUAAUAAUAAUAAUAAUAUGAAUGUUUAUUGCGUUUCUGCUGCUUUGCAUAUCUCUCGUACGAGUGACGGUGCUCAAAGAAAACCCGGAAAAAAAACAAUGAUUGUAAAUGUUCUGGUUGGCGUCGGUACACCAUGUUCUGUAUUUUCCGCACUAUGUGUGUUUGUGUGUGAGUGCGUGUGCUGUUUUCAUAAAACUUUUUACCUCAA